AUGCUGGGGGUAUUCGUCAACCUCUCUUUACUCCUGAUCUUCGUGCGCGCGACUGGUCUCAUAAUCUUGGAGUUUCUGGACUUAUACCAGGAGUCGGCGACGGUGACCACGAUGGCGUUUGGGCUGAGCUCGGCAACCUUUGCCGUCUUCAGCUUCCUAGGACCAACGGUUCUUAUGCGCCGGUUUGAGGUAAGGACGAUGGCCGUGGCUGGCACAACCCUCAACGCCCUCUGCAUCCUCGCGAUGGCUUUCGCCCCGAACAUUAUCUUCAUCAAUUUGAUCCUGAUCCUUUUCGGCCUGUCUCACAGUUUGGUCCUGGUGCCGCAGAUGACGCUCGUGGGGUUCUACUUUAAGAAGUGGCUCGCCUUCGCCACGUCCUUCGUCAACCUGGGUUUGAGCGUGGCAACCAUGGGGGCCGCGCCGUUGACGCAGUAUCUGUUAGACGGGUACGGGCUACAGGGCGCGCUGUUGAUAUUAAGUGCCGUGAAUAUGAACUGUGUGGCUGCUUCACUUUUACUGCGACCCGUUUCCAUGUAUUCGGCAAGUUCGAGUGUAGGAGCGAGGCCAUCUGUCGGAGGGAAGCGUGACAAGCCAUUUGUCAGCGAGGAUAUCAAACACACCGAGGAAGUUACAGAGCUGACGUCUACCAUGAACAGUGAGGAAAUACACAUUCAGAAAGAUUUAAGUCAAACAAUAUCGACUGGAAAAGAUUCGGUUUGUUUCUAUAAUGCUGGAAACGAGGCUCGGUUUAAAGGUCAGAUUCAAUUACAAGACGAUGCAGUAAAUGGAUCAUUCCAAACAUCGCCGUGUAUACAAAAGUCAGCAGAAAAUGGAAAUCCGAAUGUUGUCCCCGUUGAAGCUUUAGUCAGCUCAAACAAUUCUUCUUUCAGCAGUUUUAAGGAUCACGACAAAGAAAUUUGCAGUUUUCAGGAAAACAGAAAAAUAAAUAUUGUUCAUGAAUUGACUUUGGAUCAUACUCAUGAUAUAAAACAUUACAAAAAUAUUACUGGGGAAGCUCUUAUUUUAGAUGGUAGCUCUACAGGUGAGGCUUUAAAUACAGACACAACACCAACAGAAAUAGACGGAGAGAAUUUUAUUACCGAAAAUAACUUUGGACCGAGAUUUUUCUUCAGGAGGUUCAAGAAAUCCGUGUCACGCUCCAUCUACACACACCCUGUAGGAAUUCUGCUGGUCAUUACAGCCGGCAUAGGCGUUCACACACCAACCAUCGUGGCUUACAUGCCGGCCAUGGGUCGAGAGAACGGUGUCGCCACCGAACAGAUUCCAUUCUUGGUAACG